AUGACCAGACUCCAGCAAUCCCAGCAUCCCGAGGCGGCACCGAGACCCGCCAGUGCCCGACCAACCGCGCUGGAGGCCGGACGUGUUCCCCAAGCUGUGCCAGACCCAUGUGUGGCUGUACAGGUGUGGGGGGUCGCCGCGGAACAGUUGUGUCAGUCUAUCUCGCCCGCCGCUGCUGCCGCUAGUUUUGGUCUUGGAACUUCCGAGUGUAAACAAGGCUUCCGGUGCACCAAACUCACCAUAACAAAUAUUGGUGUGGCUGAUGGCGUGGGCGGUUGGCGGGCAUGGGGGAUCGACCCUGGAGAGUUCUCUCACUCACUGAUGCGUGUGAGUGAACGUGUUGUAAGGAGUGGAAGGUUCGCGCCCUCAGAACCUGCUGCUAUCAUUGCCAGGGCCUACUAUGAACUCCUCGAAAACAAAACGCACAUCUUAGGCAGUAGUACGGCGUGUGUGGUGGUACUUCAAGGUGAUGUGGGGCAACUGUAUUCAGCAAACAUCGGCGACUCUGGGUUCCUGGUGCUGCGUAAUGGAUCAGUGGUGCACCGAUCACAAGAGCAACAACACUACUUCAACACACCUUUCCAGCUCUCCCUCCCUCCUCCUGGCACUAAUGCCCAGGUCCUCAGUGACAGACCUGAGAGUGCUGAUACUUUAGAGUUCCUAGUAAAGGAAGGAGACAUGUUAAUAGUGGCCACUGAUGGUGUAUUUGAUAAUCUUCCUGACUCCAUGAUUAUCAAAGAGAUGGUUAAAGUUCAGGGUUCUACUGAUUUAUUAUUACUGCAACAGGCAGCCAAUUCUAUUGCACAGCAAGCGCGAAAAUUAGCAUUUGAUGAGGAUUACAUGUCGCCAUUUGCUCGUAAUGCACGAGAAAAUGGUAUCAAUGCAAUAGGUGGGAAACCAGAUGACAUAACAGUGGUCUUGGCGACCAUAACAGUGUAAACUCAGUGGGGCCCUGGGAACCUGAAAUUAGAAGUUAGUGCAGCAUCCAGAGAAGCGUGUAAACUCCACCACCUUUGUUAAUAGCAUCAUCAUGAUAUGCAUUUUUAUUUAAUACCAUAUAGUUUUUCAUUAUUUCAUGUGUAUUGAAUGUGAGGUAAAAUCGUUUUUCUAAUUGGGGAGUUCCCCAUGUGAGUGAAGCAUUGAAGAUUAGGCUGGAAAUGUAUUUGUAUCUCAAAUUCUAGAAAGAUAUGCUUCCCAUUGGCUGUAAAAUUAACCUGUAUAUGUUGUUGUAAUUGUACAAGAAGCAAUGACCCUCAAAUACUACUUAUUUUUUAAAAGAGUCAUAUAUUAUGUUUUAUAAUGUUUGUGUGUUAAUGUCUGGUUUUCAGUACUGUACUCAUGCUAAUGGUUGUUAUAAAACACCUGAAAGUUGUAAUGUAUUAUAGUCAUAUUUUAAUGUACGAUUACAUUAAUUAAUGAGGUUGAAUAGGACUGUUGUAAAGCUUUCAGUGUCACUGAAUUUAUGUAAAUAAGUGUCAACUUAGGUGAUGCUUUGUACAGUAAAGAGUGGAUUAAGGUUAUAGCAGAAAUUUGAAGCAAACUGAUUUAUAAAAAUAAUAUUCCAAUUUCUGUUCUUUCCUCAAUCUUACAUACAAAAGACAGUCACGUCAAUUAAGUUACUAAAAAUAUACUUAGCUAAUUGGCAGUCUAGCUACUCAACACAGUGUGGGUGAUAUAUCACUUACCUUGCAUACAAAGUUUUCUGAAUAUGUAAGUUUACCUACAAAAGAUUAUUUUUGCUUUUUCAUGGAGAUUUAAAGCAAAGUAUAAGCAUGAGACCAGAAAAAAUUAUGUAUGCUGAGCAUAUGGUUAUUGUGAGUGUAAUGGAUGACUUGAAUAUGUCUACGGAAUAUCACCUCAUUCUUUUGGAUUAAUACUCCUCACAUUCCAUACCCUUGUUCCUAGCAUUUUACUUUCAAUGUUCAUAUUGUUCUAGGGUAUGGAAUGCCAUUUAAAUUGUACAAAAGUUUACAACCACUUGAGCUGCUAUGUACAGUUUUACGAAUGGACGGGUGUAAGACGUCCUUCCGUGGGUUAAGUAAUUUCUUCUUUUCUCACAUGAUUCUUAUUGGUAGUAUGGUACAACACUGUGACAUGGUUUUCACAAUUUUAAGUUUCUAGGAUGUUAGUAAUGAUACCUGUAUAUAGCUUGAUUUUGUCAUUACUCAUUUCCUGGUCAUAUAACUUUCUAAACUGUGAUAUAUCCAUAAUUUGGAGACUAACAAAAGAUUUGAUGAGAAUUCUACCCAACUGUUAUCUUUACUUCUCUUCAACUUUAGUGUGGGAUAGAUCAUGUGGUACACAAACUUUAAGAAAGGGAAGUAAGAGUGGAGAAUGGUGCAAGAUGAUGAGUGUAGAAAAUUAGAAGAAGAGGCUAAGAUCCAAGCAGAAAUAACCGACACACAUUUGGCCAUAUCAGCAACUUCAAUAUGCAGAGUUGUGAUCACUAUUUUUUGCUGUUUAGUUAGUGACAAUCACCCUGGUGAGGAAAACAAUAAACUCUUUCAUAUCAUGGGUUGUGACUAAAUGAGCUUUGCUUAGCAUGUUGGAAUAUAUGUGAACCUAAAAUAUCCAAUCUUGCUCCCUCUCCCCUCUAUUUUUUUUUUAAUUUUUGCCAAUACAGGUACAGCAGUUAGAAUUUUUUUUAAAUGCUUUUGGUGCAUCAAAGUGGUGAUGCAAUUUGAAUAUCACUGUAUACCCUAGAAUUGAAUAAUCAUAUGCAGCUCAUCACAUUACAAACAAUAGAAGGAUACUGUCUCAAAAUAUAUACGAAAAAGAAUUGAGUUUUGUAAAGAAAA